UGCGAGUCACAACAGGAAACGACGUUGUUUACUGGUUUAUCUAAAGGCACUCACUGGCGAAUCCGCGCAUCUGCUGCGCGCUUGGUUCCGAGGUGUCUGUGUCUUCACCAUACUCUCCUGGUACUGCUUUGGUAGUAGACUUUGUAGACUGGACUGCACUAAUGGCGUAGUCGUUAAAGAAGCUGACCUGCCCUGCAGAGUUGGCUGUCUGUUGCUGUGAGUCAGACGAAGGAGAGAGAGAGAGAGAGGGUGAGGGAGAGAGAGAGGGAGCGCCCCACAUCAAGCCAUCUUAGGUCAGCCUCAGAGUGGCUCCCUCACACUCCGCUGCUGAGACACACACUCUCGUCAGAAAUGACCUGCCAGCCCUGGAGACUUGAGAGCAGAGAGGUCAGAGUGGCGUACAGACACUCAGCGUCCUCCCGUGUCUGAUAGAUACACACCCGUCCCUGAGCACUCCUGCGUGUGUGUGUGUGUGUGUGUGUGUGCGAGUGAUGGAGUGGUCUCUGGAGCGGAUGCGGGAGUGGGUGGCCGGGGGGAUGCAGUCUGUGCGUGAGUGUGAGGGUGGUGCACUGGGCACCGUGCUGUGCUUGGCACUACUCUUCAUCUGGUACUGUUACCGCAUGGGCUGUGAGCAGACUGGCAGCGCUCUGCGUGGUGGCGGUUACACCCCCGAGGCCCGCGGCUCCGCCCUGCCCUCUGGAGGACUCGCCCCUGACCUCUCCAGUCGAUUGGCCGCACCCAAGAUCUGCCAGGCAAGGGGUGGAGCCAGCAGCGGGGGCGGGUCCAGCGAGGAGGAGCUGAACGGUUUUGCGUACUGCCAGUCACCCGAGUGUUUCCGAUGCGCACAGCCAGCUGAGGGCUUUAACCAGCGGCUGUACCAGAGUCUGCAGGAGUACGCCAAACGCUACACCUGGGCAGGUAUGGGGCGCGUGCACAAAGGCGUGCGUGCGCAGGGUCGCUCGCUGCCCUGCAGCCGUCCGUCCAUCCAGAAACCUGAAGUGUUCUUCCUGCCAGAUCUACCCUCAGCACCCUUCUUCUCACGGGAGGCACAAAAACACGAUGUGGAGCUCCUGGAGCGCAGUUUUGCCGCCCUACUGACAGAAUUCGAAUGCGUGUACCGCUUGCCACUCGCACGCCCCAACAGUCCCCUGCCCCUGGGCUGGAAGGUGAACAGCACGCCCCGCGGGCACUGGUGGACCUUUUACCUGGUGAACCAAGGCACCCCGAUGGCGCUGAAUGCCCGGCGGUGCCCGCGGGCCUGGCGCGUCCUGGGCCAGCUACGCACCUUCAUCGCCAAUAACGUGUUUGGGAAUGCUUGCUUCUCCGUGCUGAGCCCAGGAGCCAUAAUCUCCGAGCACUACGGACCCACCAACGUCAGGCUGAGGUGCCACCUUGGUCUGAAGGUUCCUUCUAGCUGUGAGCUGGUGGUCGGUGGAGAACCGCAGUGCUGGUCUGAGGGAAGCUGCCUGCUGUUUGAUGACUCGUUUCUCCAUACAGCCUUCCAUGAGGGUUCCUCUGAAGGUGGCCCCAGAGUGGUCUUCAUGGUGGAUCUCUGGCAUCCAAACGUGGCGGCUGCUGAACGUCAGGCACUGGACUACAUCUUUACCCCAGGACGCUAGGGAGGGGGAAAUUAGAGAAGGGUACUAAGACAGAGGGGGUAUGUUUAGAGAAGGGGAAUAGGACAGAAUUGAGGUGAAUAUUAAAAGCUGCACAUUCCUGUGAGCAUAACUCUGUACAGACGUGAGUCCUGUGGAACCGCUUGGUUCAGACCCAAAUGUACAUAAAGGAUGUUUCCAGACGUGGUGCUGCAGACAGAGGGUGUACACACAGGGCCGCUUCCUCCUGCUGCCAGCUCAACCUUUCAGGGUAGAAGCUUCAUGUGUAAAGACUUUUUUAGACAAGGGUAGAGCCAGAUGUGAUGAUUCCACAGCACACAAACACACAAGCACACAAAUAUAUGUUCCUUUGCACUUUCACUCACAUGGUGAUGUAAACUGUUCUAAACCGACGGAGACUGUGGUGUGUGAACAGCGUGUUUAUUUGGCCUGUGCAGAGUUCUCCACCCAUCCAGAUUCCCUGACUUUUAUUCCCUGACUUUUACUUUUCCACAGGAAUAAAAAGCUUCAAAUUUGUGUACCGUAAAAGACACUGCAUAACAGUUGAGAAGUGCACAGGACAGCUGAUGUUGAUAUGAACCAGGCCACACACACACACACGUCUUUUGUCACCUGUACACAGGUGUUCCAGGCCACACACACACACGUCUUCUGUCACCUGUACACAGCGGUUCCAGGCCACACACACACGUCUUGUGUCACCUGUACACAAGGGUCCGAGGCUCCAUCCCCUCGUGCUGUAGAUGUUCUGUUUGGGUGCUGAGUGUCGUGAUCGGUGUCGUGUGAUCUUUGCAGCAGUGUGAGGUUUUAUGAUAACAUUCCUACUUCAGUGUUUCCAGAUGUGCUUGGCUACAGCUGAGUGAUGUGUUUAAUAAAGUGCCCAUUCUAAAAUGC